CGCUGAUAAGACCUUAUUCUAAUCACACGUCAACGGGCCCAUUGAUAGCGAGCGAGCGAGCCGACCUGUCAUUCGCGGUCCGGCCUCCGAUUGGUGCCUCGUUCUCGCGUUCUCCAAAAAUGAAUCCCCCGAUUAAUCCAACGCGUAUAGCGUGAUCUCUUUGGUGUUUUUUUUUGUUUUUUUUUUUUGCGACAAAUUGUUUAUUAUAAAUAUAUAUUAUUGCGUUCUCGUAUCAUAUAUAUUGUGGACGUUGAUAAACAGGUGUUGCGAUGUCCGAGUUAUGUUACGUUGCUACGCGUGAAAUGUCGAAUUUACUUAGGCGAUACCAAGGAAAUUUUACGAUUCAAUAUCAAUUCAAUAUCGAGUCUUAUCAGGUUUUAUCUGCGAAUAAUCAAUCUCUCAUCAGAGAUCUUUCUUAAGAUGCAAAAAUGUUACGAAAACAUUGUAGCUUUCUCUUUAAAACGAUCUGUUGCGCAGCGAUUUAAUAAAACUCAUGAUAACAACAGAUAUAUAUAUGUAUUAUUAAGCGAAAUAAUGUAUGAAAUAAUUGCAAAUAAUUAGUACAAUUAAAUACAAUCGGUGUGUUUGACAUUCUGGCGACUGUAAUCAGCAUCAGCAAGCAAUCAGCUGAUCGACCUGCACGAAAAGGAAGUCAAUCUUUCAAGUACUUAAUACAGAAUCUAAUCAAUUGAAAGCGGAUCGACAUUGAAUGUGUGCCACGUGCAUGACAAUAUUUUUCCGUAAGAAAUGUGUCGUGCCUGAAAUUGUGUUUAAAAUUUCAAAUCAAUUUUGCAAAACACGAGUGCCGAUUACAUGGAGAACACGAACUGUUCUACGUCUGAAUCGAAUGCCUAUCGAAGAAAUUUCAUGAAAACUGGACGCUAAAAGAUAAGAAAGACAUCAAGCAUACCGUUUAAUGAGAGCGACUUUGGAUUUCAAAUAAGAGAGAAUGGGAGGAAGACGUAGCCGAAGGAAACGAGUGGCAACAGCGACAGCAUCCGAUUGUACUGUCGUUCUUCAGGAUCAAUCGAUGUAAAACAAAUGUCAAAAACCAUCCUAUUAAAAGGAACCAAAGACGGAGGAAGGUGACAGCGGAAGAGAAUAAGAGCAGUUCGCAGGUGAUUUCGUGCAUCCGCAACAGUGACCCCUGAUCACUCUCUUGUAGAAAAAAAAAAAUACGUCGCUCGCGUUGCUCGCGAUAGACCUGGGAUAGAUCAGGAGAAGUGGAUCGGAGGAGACGAUCCGUGAUCAAGGAGAAAAGAAGCGGAACCGAGUGAAAGAGAAGGAGAAGAAGUCGAGACAAGAGCGAGCUGCCGAGAGUAGGAAGAAGAGAAAGAAGAGCACAAGACAGAGACAAAGCUAAGUCUUUGAACGCAGACGAGAGAAGAGGAAGAAGAAGAGAUUCUCUAUCCAGAGCAGCUCGUAAGAGGGGAUAGAAAAAGCUGCGGCGCGUGGUAGUGGUGGUGACGAUGAUGCUGAUGCCGAUGCGGUAGCGAACGCACCGUAUCCAGAACUGUCGCGUGCUCCGUGGAAUGGAACGGAAGCGCGACAGCCAGCGAGCUGACAAUAUUAAGCGGAACGCGACGACGAUCUUAACGAAACGACGAUAGCGAGACAUAACGACGAAGCUACUAACUAACCGGCCGGCUCCUUCAGCCGGUGAGCGCGGGAUGGGAUGCUGCUGGUACGACGGGCACGUGUGAGUAGAGCCAGCCGAGUCGUGCGUCCCGCUGGUAGUAUAGUGUUGGUGGUUUCACUCUCGGCUGCUGCCUCCACCGCCGCCGCCGCCGGAUUGCCGCCGCCGCCGCCGCCGCGCCGGUUCGGUCUCUCUACGAGAGCGAACCGAGGAGCGUGCCUGAACGCCGGGGAAGAGAACCGCGGCACUCGUUCAGUAGUUUCUCGGACGCCGCACCGGCAUCAUCCGACCCUGCGAGAUAACCCCGCGCGCGCGCGCGGUCGCGACCCCCCGGUGACAAUUGCGACGCGUGGUCCGGCGGCCCGGUCAUUCUCUUCUUUCCGAAGACUGAACGAAAUCGAUGCUAAACGAUCGCGACAAUUUUAUUGUCUCUUUAAGGGCGCUCGUGUCAGACCACGUGAUCGGUUUCGAUUUUCAACCCCCUCGGUUAGGUUCCUGUGAGUUGGUGCAAGUUCGUGACAGGAGUGAGAUGUCGAUUCAGGAAGGUGGAGAGUUCACGUUCCUUCGGCGAAUAGUGAUAACUAAUCGUGAACAAGUGUUAGCGGUGCGUUACGUGGGGAUCUGUUAGCGAUAUUUUGCGAGAGAGGAUUGUUUCGUGCGUGAUUGCGACUUUGGAAAAAAAAAAAAAAAAAAACAGAUGAUCGGUGAGACAAAUUGGCGGAAAGGACCCGGUUGAGAAAAAAAAAAGAAAAAGAAAAAGAAAGAGUUAAGAAACCCGUUAAGGCGAGGUAACGCGUGUCGGUUCUCGCCAAUUGAUAGCAACGUGGAGAGAGAAAAAGAGGGUCGAAAGUAACCGGUAACGUCAACCUGCAUACCGCGACAAAACCGUUUAAAAGAGGAUCGACCACACCGAUCAUCGUCCUCGAGGACCGAUCGGAUCGAUACAACCACCAGGAUCAUUCGCAGUGCAUGGAGUAUCCUCGGACGAAGGAAGAAAAAAAAUACACAAUCGUAAUAAACUCGCGAGAUAGAAUCUGUCGAUCUGAUGUCACUCCGCGAUUCGUUGAUUCCGUCGUUUCUCGUCUGCAUCCGGAUAGUCCGGCGAUCAGCUGGAUCACCAGUUAGAACUGUCACGUUACUAAAGCGCGAUCGGCGAGAACCGCAAUAAUGCAAGAGUGUCGAAAACGCGACGAAGGCGCAUGGACGGUCCGCGUCUUUCCGAGGCACCGUCUUCAGUGGACGGAAGCGACCGGAAAUCGGCUGUGAUGCCAGCUGGCAGCGCGCGCGGCCUUCAUCGAUACCGUUGCAUUGACGAUAACCAGGAAAGUGACAACGAGGAAAGUGACGACGAUCUUGGAAGAAAACGACGGAGAAGAGCGAGAGGAGGGAAACUCGCGGAGAGAGAUCGCGCGACAAAGAUCGGCGGAUAAAUCCUACGGGAAACGAAUACAACGCGACUAAGAAGGAGGAGAGCAAGGAAACGAGUGUCAGAUGAGACCGUCAUGCCCGCUGAGAUCAACAGGGGCGGGCAUUGGGUGCUGCACUGUGAUUCCCGUGCCGAUCGCCCGACUGCGACGCCGAUUCACGUAACGAUUUUCGCGAAAUUGCCGAGGUUCGAUAAGAACCGGGGACCGAGGAGCCAAGAGUCGAGAGGAGGAAGAGUCCUGAAAGAUUGGCGACGAAAAAUCGAAAUUCAAGUGAAAGCACCCUCCGAUUCAUCCGCGAGGGUUCCGAAAAUCGGUGACAAGGAGGACAGGAUCCUAGGAUCGGCAACGGAUCGGAACUCAUCAACGCAGCCGCCGCGUCGAAGACGAAGAGAGGACAGAUCGGUCUGUUUCGCGUCCAGGAAAUCCGAGGAAAUCGAGGAUGCCCGCGAACGGCUUCCGAUCGCGUGGAACUCACAGGAGAGCGAGGAGAAAGAGCGAGUGGAAUCGCGGCUACGCGACGACGAGACGGAACAGUCUUGUCUCGCGAUAGCGGACUCGAUCGCGAGGCGUCGAAGUCUCCAAGAUCGAUCCCAGACGAGGCGCGAUAGCAGUAAUCUCGACACAUCCCGGACCACUUUCGAUUAUCCAGGAAGGACCAGGAUAACGGAAGAUCGUUCUCUUCUUCUCUCUAGUCACCGCUCGCGUACUCGCUUUUCGACGGAGCGAUCCCUGAAGGACAAUUUGCAGAAGGAUGUCGAGAGAUCUCUCGACGAGGAAUUGGACAACCGCGAUUCGAGACGACGCGUUGAUGACGAUGAUGAUGAUGAAGGAGUCCGCUCGGUGAAGGAGCGGACCGGAAGGAUCGGCCAGGACAGGAGGAGAAUCGGAAACGGGCGAGUCCGCUCGUUCCUUCAACUGGUCCUCCUUCUCUUCCUCGUCGCCUUCGGGCAACGCGGACUCGGUUCGUCGAGUGUGAUUAAGUUGAGUGCAAGACCGACCGCGAGUAUUCUCGGGAUCGGCGCGAUUAUCGGUGCAGUGAGUGCAGGAUCCAUCGACCUGGCCGGCGACGCGAGCACCCGAGCCGAAAGAUCGGCCAAUCUCUCGCACAUCACCGGAGCCUCGCGAAAGAUACAGAUGUACAUCAAGAAUCGUCAUCUACAAAUCCUACCGGACGGCACGGUGAACGGCUCCAAUGACGAUACCUCCGAUUACACGAUUUUUCAAAGGACAUCGGUAUCGAGAGGCCAAUUAAGGAUUCAAGGCGUAGCGACCUGCCUUUAUCUCUGUAUGGAUUCCUGCGGUCUACUUUAUGGUUCGCGCGAGUAUACGGAGGACUGCGUCUUUAACGAGACCUUGGAGCAGCAUAACUACAACACGUACAGCUCGAUACGCUGGUCGACGGCGAAGAGGACCAUGUACCUCGGCCUGAAUCGGUUCGGCCAGCCGAGGAAGGUACUAGCCAAGGGUCACAACCUGGGCAGAUUGUCUGGUUACGCCCGGGUGUUGACGCAGAUGGCUCCGUUCGAUCGGGUGGAGGCUCUUCAUAGGCGGAUGUUGGGUGCUGCGCACAAUGUGCGACAUCGGCAUCACGAGCGAGGUCAUCAUCGGGUGCAUCCCGGCGACGUGGCGCAGCAAUCCAUCUGUCCAACCAUGCCGGAGCAGGAAAAAGACGGCAGAGACAGGUUCAGGUGUCGCAAACGAAAGAAGAGGAAGAAGCGAAGGCGACGGUGCAGACCGGGCGAGCAACCUGGUCCCCAGUGCCGAGUCGCCGAAGGGUCGGACGUCGACGCGUCUUCGGAGGCCGGCAACGUCAGCCUAGAGUCGAAGAGAUCCUGCGAGGGAGCAGCCAGCGAGGAGGCCUGCAGACGUCAGGCUCUUUCGGUGCCGGCGAAGAAGCGGAAGUCGCGGAUAGACGACGACGACGACGGUGGGAAUCUCACGCUCAACAACGGUAAGAACAACAAAGCGAAAAAGCCAAACGUCAACGUCGCCGAUAGUCAAAGUAAAAAGCCUGAUUUGACGGACGGGAAAAAGACGAAGAGGAAGGGUCCGUCUUCGCAGAAGCAGUACGAGUCUGCCACGGUCAGGGUCUCUUCGCCGCGAAUGGCGCCUAUCAGCGAGGUUUUGACAGCCACAUCGUCCUCGUCGCAGUCUCCUCCUGGUGCGUCAACCGUUCUCUCCUUCGCCCGAAGGCCGAGUUCGCCGCCAUCUGGUCGUAGGAAACCGCCGUCGUCUUCGAGGAAUUCGCGUAGGAAGGGAAAGUCGUUCUCGAAUUCGCCGGCUCGAUCGAAAUCGACGCCGACGAUGAGCGAGAUAGAUCUACCGUCAGCCACCAAAGUUCCUGAAACCACGAGCGCGUGGAGUGCCACAUCUAUUCCUCAGCUUCCUCAAUCCUCGCCAGUUCCUGCCUCUUCGUCCUCGCUCUGGCGCGACUCCUCGGCCGAGGACUCUACAAAUUCCUUGUCGAAUUUCUUGCUCGUUGAAUCGACCGAAAUGGUAGAGUCCACUGCUGAAGUGUCCACGCUUAGGCUGGACGAAAAGGACGACAGAGACAAUGAUUCUAAUACGACCGGGACGAGAUCGACUACGAGAUUUCCUAUAGAGCGACUGGCGAUGUGACGCCGUUCUCGUUUCUCGAGUGAUAGGAGAAUGAUAUUUGUAUGCAAAUGUCAUUGUAAAAACUUAAGUGUACAUAGAAAUCACUCUAUACGUUCUACAACUCCACAUUCAUGUACGACACGUGCACGCAUGAUAUACGUUGUACCGAAGUUUAAAUACUCGCGAUAUAAAAGGAUCGAUGUGGUUACGAUUUCGACCGGUGAGAUCAAAUUAUCACGGCGAAAUUUAAAAUAAUAAUUGAGAAAUAGUAAAGUUUACAUUCUAAAUCAAAUUUCGAAAUUUGUUAUUUCAAGUAUCUUUUCUAUUGAUUAAAAUUUCUAUGGCCUAAUUGUUGACGAAAAAUUCGAUUUUUAUCGUUUAUGUAUCUUUUUACGCAACAUUAUUAACGACACGAAAAAAGAUUUCUGAAAUUUCAUUUUAAUAUACAAAAUAGAAUUAUAAAAAACCUGAAUUGGUUUAUUUCAUUCUUUCUUAAUUCCAGUU